AUGAUUCUGAACCUCCAGAAUGAAAGAGUUUCUGACCCAAUCUGUAUCUUUCCAGGAAACCGCCACGGCCUUCUGGUUCCAAACAACACAACUGACCAGGAACUGCAGCACAUCCGAAAUUGUCUUCCCAGUUCUGUCAAGAUACAGCGAGUGGAAGAGAGACUGUCGGCACUCGGGAAUGUCAUUGCCUGCAACGAUUACGUGGCGCUGGUCCAUCCCGACCUGGAUAGGGAGACCGAGGAGAUCCUUGCAGAUACCUUAAAGGUGGAAGUGUUCCGUCAGACAAUAGUGGAUCAGGUUCUGGUGGGAUCCUAUUGCGCCUUCAGCAACCAGGGGGGCUUGGUGCACCCAAAGACGUCCAUAGACGACCAGGAAGAGCUGUCUUCAUUGCUGCAAGUUCCCCUCGUGGCAGGCACGGUGAACCGGGGCAGCGAGGUCAUCGCUGGCGGGAUGGUGGUCAACGACUGGUGCGCCUUCUGCGGACUGGACACCACCAGCACCGAGCUGUCUGUCAUUGAGAGCGUCUUCAGACUGGGUGACGCUGCACAGCCCUCCGCCAUUGCCACCACCAUGAGGGACUCGCUGAUUGACAGCAUGGCAUAAGAUAACGAUGGGCGCCCCAUCUUCAUCAUUUUGUCAACAUUGCACGUGCACAAACUCACCUCCAGAAGCAGGGACCGCGGACAAGCCAGAAAGCGAAAUGUUGGCGUGCCUGAAUGGGUUCAGGCACUUCUGGAAUAUCGGACACUGAAGAUUGGACAUGGUGAUGGUCUUUGUUUAUGUGGAGAGCGCAUUAUUUUACAUGUCCAUUAAACUUUUUAAAAAGA